CAAUUGACGAAAUUAAAAAAUAGAUCUAUAACUAAAGCAGCAAAAGGAACCCUGUUGUACGUUGUCAAAGAGGUACUUUCCGAAAUCUGUAAAGGGAAAACCGACCUUAAGUUUAUCCGCCUUAUGCGGCUUUUGCAUUUGGAAUUUCUCUGGCUUUAAUCAUGAGGAUGCCAAGUUCAAUAUGAUCCUGGUGGCGUUUUUGACGGUGACGUUAAUACAGGUCCUGGUUUUUACGCCCAUUAAGUACGCGAUAUUGGCCAUGGAUACCGCUUGCUGGCCAGCUCAUCAAUCCCCUGUGACGCCCGAUGAAAAUGCCAGGGUGGAGACCUUUCUGGACAAGGCAAGAAUUAGACUUCGGUCACUGCGGAGUGAGCUGAUGAUUACGGAAAGCCAUCGAAAUGAGAAACUUAACUUGAAGUAUCGGCUGAUAAAGGAAGAACUUUUCUUGACAGGCAAGCUCUUCAUAUUGUAUUUCAUUAUGUCUUUAGUGUUAUUCGAUGAGUUGGAUUUUUAUAAUAACAACUCCACGCGGAAUCUUUUCAAGAGAGACCAUAAGUAUACGGUCGGCCUAUCAGAUUUGGUAACGCUGUCGGACGUAUAUACUUUCCUUGAGUUUUCCCUGAUCGUGGGCUUUACGGAUGGAGACAGCACAGGCCUCGGAUCGCAUUGGAUUCAUGCUGAGCCCGUCCGAAUGCUCGGCGUGGUAAGAUUAAGGCAGCUGAGGACAGAGGACAGCCACGUAGGUCUAAAGAGUCCCGUUUUCACCAACGAGGACUUUUCGGAAGGCUGGAAAUUGCCAUAUGAAUGGGUUCCAUAUACCAACAAAUAUUGGCCGAUCUACUCGCCUUGGCUGGGGACGGUUUCCGAUUUUCGGGAUAACUUAGUUAUGGGCAUCAAUCAUCAUGGGCAUUUUAUUAAAUAUCCGGAAAUGGCGGGUUACAAAAUCCUGCUCUCAGAUACCCGCAAUAAAAGUCUGAUAAUACUGUACUACUUGAUAGAUAACGUAUGGCUGGAUUAUAAUACGAGUGCUCUUUUUAUGGACUUUACUAUGUACAAUGCGGAUGCAAACAUUUUCAGCGUAUGCACACUGUGGGUAGAGCAAUUUCCCUUCGGGGACAUCCACUCCCAUGUAGAAAUCGAAAGUCACAUGUUCGUGGACCAAAUACGAGAAAUGUCGAAAUUUGGAAUGCUUGUAUUAUUUUUCACCGUUAUUGUGUGGCUGCAGUUCGCUAAGGCGUUCUUUGUGAAGGUCUGGUUCGAGCCCCGUCUUAUAAAGACCCUAUGGAUCCAGGUGGAUGCCCUAAUUGUGGGACUCAGUCUUACGGCUGUGAUAAUUCUAGCGAUUCGUGAUAACCUGGUCCAAUCCAUGAUCCAUGAAAUCGAAAUCUCCGUGAUGGUUGAGUUUAUAGAUUUUCGAGAACCAGCGCGACUCACGUACUUUUGUGAUGUGAUAGAGGGUUUCUCCAUAGCUCUGGUCACCAUGCGACUUUGGAAGGUGAUGCAGUUUUCCGGUACCUUUCAGCUAUUUACCAAAACAAUUUCAAUGGCUUGGCAAGCGCUUAUUUGGACGAUGGUAGUAACCGUCAUAUUUAUUGUCGCCAUUGCCCUCGCCACUGUCACAAUUAAUGGUAAUAACAGAAAGAUCUUCAGGGACUUACCCAAGGGCAUUGUAACUGUCACUUCUUUUGCCUUCGGCUAUUCUAAUGUAAUGACUCCGCUAGAUCUAUCUUUCGGUGGAGAGUUUUUGGGUAUUAUAUUAUAUGUCAUUAUGGGAUUUGUGGUCAAGUAUUUGCUGAUCAAUUUGAUUAUAUCCAUGAUGAGGGCUCUGAUGGCAAAUGCCAAGGCGAACAGGGAUAGAAAAGUAUUGCAUCGCAUAUCGUUUUGGGAAUUUCUUCGGGUGGAAUAUGCCGAUUGUAUUAAUUUUAUUCUGGAAGUGACCCAACUUAAAAAGGGCUAUAAGAGCCAUAAUCGGACAGUUUCCGAAAAUGUCGAACGAAAACUGAAGAAUCAAGAGCGAAUGGAUGAAAUGAUGAAAGGAAGGCAGGCUUACCCUGGAAUGAUCCCCAAAAAGCAGAGAGACGAGGGACUGAUCCAAUUGAGACAUAGGGAGCGUAUUGAGCGCACCAUUACCUUGGGCGCGAUUCUGCAAACGCAAAUGGAGCUUAUUGAGAAGCUAAUGUUCGGGGAUGAUGAUGGAAACCUGCCAAGUUUGGACGUAGCUGAGGAGAACAUUUCUUCGACUUAAAACACA